AUAUAAAACCUCUUAUCAAUUAAAACCAAUAUAUAACCAACUGUUAUAAAGCAUUACGUAAUUGCCUAACAGUAGCCACGAUGAUGCGUAAUAAAAUUUUAGGCUACUUUCUUUUCCUUAUAGGAGUUAUUAAUGCAGAAUCAUUUUUGGGCUAUAAGGUAUACCAAGUUACGCCUCAAACACAAGAAAACGCCGAGUUUCUUCAAAAACUAAAAUACAAACCAAACUAUGAUUUUUGGGUUGAAAGCCGGGCCUUUGGAAGCCCUAGUGACAUAAUGGUUGAUCCAGUAGAACAAGAAACGUUUGAAAAAGAGCUGAGCCAGACGGGGAUGCCUUAUAAAGUCGUUGUGGAUGAUGUGGAACGGUUGCUUCAGAUUGACAGAGUGGAUCGAUUGAUGACCAGGUCCAGAUCCAUUAUGGGGCCUGGGCAAGUAACCUUUACAAGUUUCAUGAAAUACGAUGAACAAAUGGCAUAUCUUCGAAGGAUAGGCCGAGACUAUCCACAAAUCGCCACAGUCACAACAGCAGGACACUCUUACGAGGGACGCGAAAUUUUAAUGGUGAAGAUUUCCAGUGGUGCUAGCCAAACCGUCGUACCAAAACCAACUAUUUUUAUUGAUGCAGGAAUCCAUUCUAGGGAGUGGAUAGCACAACCUGUGGCUCUCUAUCUUAUCCAGCAGUUGGUUGAAAAUAAUACCAAUGCUGGCAUGUAUCAAAAUGUGGAUUGGGUCAUUAUACCAAAUUUGAAUCCAGAUGGUUACGAGUUCACCUAUAAUAAUAAUCGUAUGUGGAGAAAAAAUCGUCGCCUAGAAGGGAACAACUUAUGUUACGGAACCGAUUUGAAUAGAAAUUUUAACUACCAAUGGAUGUUUAACGGGGCAUCGAACAAUUCUUGUACAGAAAUCUACGCCGGUCCAGAACCUUUUUCCGAACCGGAAACUAGGAUUAUUCGAGACUGGUUUCUAAACAACACGAACGCGAAUGUCAAGCUGUAUAUGGCUGUACAUAGUUUUGGAGAGAUGGUCCUGUUUCCAUGGGGCUAUGCACCGAUAUUACCCCAAGAUGUCGCAACACUUCGUCACGUAGGAAGUCUAAUGGCAAGAGCUAUCGAACAAGCGAGCACCAUGGGCUCUAACUAUACCGUAGAAAAUUCUGCGACACUUUUGGGAGCAGCGGCUGGGGCUGCUGAUGAUUGGGUUAAAGCAGUUGCUAAUGUGAACCUAACUUAUACUCUCGAGUUACCCAACGGAGACGCGCCCUUUUGGUUUAUGAUCCCGGCCAGACAGAUCUUACCAGUGGUGCGAGAGACGUUCGAGGGCUUUAGAGCGCUUCAUCAGUAUAUUCAAGAACAGUUUUGGACCUCGCAACAACAAUCGUAAUGGCUAAUUAACAAAUAAUGUUAUUAAUUUAACCUUAGCUGGUAUAGAAGAAAUAUCAAGUAAUA